AUGGCUGCCGCUGGGCCUAUGUCCCUUGAGUCUCGCCAGCAGAGCGUUGGCCAAAAGCCAGCUCUGGGCUGGAGCGGUUGGAAUCAAGGAGGAUGCAACGCCGCCAGCGCCAGUGUCGCCUUGGCAACGGCCCAAUCCUUCGUCAGCCGUGGGCUCAAGGACGCUGGUUACACUUACGUCAACAUCGACGACUGCUGGUCCCUCAAGCAGCGUGACAGCUCGGGGAACCUCGUCCCUGAUCCUUCGAAGUGGCCCAAUGGCAUCAAGGCCGUCAGUGAUCAGAUCCACAACAUGGGCCUUAAGUUCGGCUUGUACGGCGACAACGGUCUCAUGACUUGUGCCGGGUAUCCUGGCAGCCAGGGCUACGAGCAAAAAGAUGCCAACCUUUUGGCCAGCUGGGGAGUGGACUUUUGGAAGUAUGACAACUGCUAUACACCCUGCAAUUUGGCCGGGCCCCCGCAGACGUGCCCUAAUAACCAGGCGCCAAACUCGCGCCCGCGGUAUGAGACCAUGCGCAAUGCUCUCAAGAACACAAACCGGCCUAUACUUUACUCGCUUUGCAACUGGGGUUAUGAUAAGGUCUGGACUUGGGGCGCCGAGGUUGGCCAGAUAUGGCGGAUGAGCACCGACAACUGGGGUGGAUGGCAAGACGUCGUCAACAUUGCCAACUGGGCUGCACCCAUUGCCAAUUACUCCAAACCGUACGGCUUCAACGACCUUGACAUGAUGAUCAUUGGCAACGGCAAGCUCACGGCGGCGCAGGAGCGCACCCAUUUCGCUAUCUGGGCCAUUGCCAAGUCGCCCAUCAUUUUGGGAACUGACAUCAGCAAGUUGAGCAGUACACAGAUCGCGCUCGUCAUGAAUAAGGUUCUGUUACUUUCUACAAUCGGGCAUGUCUGCCUCUUUCUGCUUGGGGACCUUUUGGCUGUCAACCAGGACUCUCUCGGUCUCGCAGCGACCACCUUCACCCCCCGUGGCACCACGCCGCCUGGAAGCAGCAACAUGCCUCCGUACUGGGCAGGCACCCUGUCCGACGGCAUCGUUGUCGCCCUAGUCGCCAGCACUGGUGCCGCUACCAUGUCCGUCAACUUCGCCGAUGUGCCUGGGCUUGGUUCUGGAACUUUUACCUGGAAGGAGCUUCUCACUGGAAAGCAGGGAACUGGAACUUCAGUGAGCGCACAGCUCGCGCAGCAUGACGUUGCCGUUUUCAAGGUGAAAAAGGCUUAA